UCGCUGACAUUAAAAUUGUUUUGUAAUGUUUUGACGCGCAAGUGGUAGACGCGUAUUGCCAAUUAUUUGCAAGUAUUCGCAUUUUUCGAGCCGUAGUCACACACGCGUCGAUUCCGCAUCCGAGCCAUUUCUCUGUGCACAGGUAAGAUGACGGCUGCGUAGAAGCAGCUGAUCAGUGCCGUGGCUCGCAUUUAGUGUACCUUUGCCCGUAACGCUGCACGAUUAGAUGAGUCUCGACCUCCGUGGUGUGCUUUCGCCCGAGAAGAAUUUCGGAAGCUGUGAACAUCAUGGAAACCGUGAAAGCGAAGCGCAAGGUGAGUAAACAACAUCGACCUCUUGUGCCUAAUGCCUAGACAGUCGCAUCUGAACAUCUGCGGUGGUCGCGGGAUGCUCACAUUUGCUUUUAUUCGCACAGGAUAGCCAAGAAUCGAUGAAGGUAGGAAAGCAGUACAUCGCAGCAGAUACUGGAAAACCGGAGGAGGUAGGUUGGGCGGGCUGGAGCGCCGUGUGAUGGACGUGUUGAGCCGCACCGGCCCAGGCUACGCGCCGGUCGAUUUUUUCGCUGAUGACGCCGAGCAGGCAAGCUCCAGCGAGGAAGAGGCCGCUGCCGCCCAUGUGCCUCUCCCGACGGCCCCACCCCAAGUGUCCGUGGGCACAGAGCCGGGGACGAGCGGCACUGCACGACCACCAACUCGGCAGCAGCCCCGAAGACCACCUCGGCAGCAGCAGCCGCUAGAGGAUGCGGCCUGCAGGGCAGCAGAGGAAUAUGCGAGGCAGGGGCAGCUGGCGGAGGCUGCAAACGUGGAGGCUGUCGCCUUCCACCAGACGCUUCUUGAGCAAAACAGACAGCAUCAUCAACAACUGGUGGAGGAGCUGAGGGCCUCCCGCGUGGUGCAGCAGCAGUUGGUGGUGGAGACGAGGGGUUUGCGGGAGGCGACUGCCCUCGUCGCAGCCACCUUGCGCCAGCUCGUGGCUGCCCUCGCCCGUGGCCUCCGCGAGCCGCCUCAGCCGUAGUUUGGGGCAGGAGUCACCAUUAUAUGUUGUUUAUUAUGUCA